ACAAGCCCUUUGAAUCUGUUUUUGGUUACAUAUCAGUAUUACCAGGUGCUUUCUCUGCAUAUAGAUACAAAGCAUUAAUGAAUGGACCUUUGGUAUCAUAUUUGAAAGGUGAGACCAUGCAUGGUUCAGGUGUUACUAAGACUGAAACACGAAUCAUGAAAAUUAAAAUAUAUAAAG